UCAGAUUGGACGGCGAAAAGAAAUGUAGGAUGGUUCCUUGAACUAUGAAACAGAGCAGCUACGCCCAGUCUUUGCCCUCAAAGCCGGGAUGGUCAGAGGCCAGGCCGCAGCCGCCGUGGUAGUCGUAAGCAGAAGAAAGACGGCUUUCCUUAUCCAGCGGGAGCGACCAGGCUUCCUUACCGGUGCCUCACGUAACGUCGCGGUAUGCUCGCCUGCCUCGCGCCGUUGCCUAGGCGACUGGACGCGGGCCGUUGGAGGCGCACGGGGAGCUGGCGGCGCGCGCCCGGCCUCUGCCGGCCUCGAGAUCAGCUGCCGCGCAGGCUCAGCGACGCGCGGCUUCUCUUUCAGCGCGAGCGUCGGUUCAUUCGGGGCGCGGACCCGUUUCCUCAGCCUCAAUGUGGGUCGUUGCAUCGCCGCCGGAAAGCAAGAUAUAAACAUCUCUGCAUCGCUCCUCCAAGUAGGAAACAGUAAGGCAAGUUUUUCCCCAUCGGGAAGCAAGAAGCUUUAUUUUGACACACAUGCCCUUGUGUGCCUUAUGGAAGAAAAUGGAUUCACCACUCAGCAAUCUGAGAUGAUUGUGUCUGCUUUAAUAAACACCAUGAACAGCAACUUGGCUGUGAUGUACAAGGACAUGGUCACCAAAGUACAACAGGAAAUAGCUCUUCAGCAGAUAAUGUCUCACAUUGGUGUUUUGAAAAAAGAUAUGAUCAUUUUGGAGAAGAGUGAAUUUUCUGCACUCCGGUCAGAAAAUGAGAAAAUAAAACUUGAACUUCUGCAGCUAAAAAAGCAAGUGAUGGAUGAAACUUCCAAAGUUCGUACUGACAGCAAAUUAGAUUUUAACCUAGAAAAGAGCAGAGUAAAAGAAUUGUAUUCACUUAAUGAUAGAAAACUGUUGAAAAUGAGAACAGAAAUUGUGGAAUUGCAUGCACAGCAAGAUCGAGCUUUAACACAGACAGACAGGAAAAUAGAUACAGAAGUUGCGGGACUGAAAACAAUGCUGGAGUCACACAAACUUGACAACAUUAAAUAUUUAGCAGGCUCUGUAUUUACAUGUCUUACAGUAGCACUGGGAUUUUACCGUUUAUGGAUAUAACAAACCAUCUGUUUUUUUUUUAAAGGACUCGUAUUACCUUGCCUUAGAAAAAACAAGGAUGCAUUGUUGCUUAGCUGAAAUUUAGUCCUGACUUUGAACAGAGUUACUGCCAUUUUAUUUGUUAACUGUGGAAUGUAACCCAAGAAGGUGCCUGAAGACUAAUAUGAAUGUCAAAAUAUUUAUAGAAACUUGGCCCUAGUUAAUCAGCCAUAUUUUGCACCCCUUAGUUUUUGGGCCUUUCUUGACUAUUGCAGUACAAAAAUGUCAGGUAAGGAGUAUUUCUUAGACAUUUCAAGUAUAAUUAUAUUUUACAGGAAAAUAUACCAGGGUGUUAAUGUGCCAAGUUCUGUUGUAAUAUUUGCAGUACUUACUAUUCAUUCAAGGAGAGAAUUAAGCACUAAGUGAAGGGAGAGUGAAGCAAAAAAUACAGUCACCCUUAUUUAACCCCAUUUCUUCAGAACUAGAAAAUUCCAAGUUAAAUCUCAGCUUACAUAUUUCUUCCUUCUUCACAAAAUAUACUGUAAAGAUUUGUUUUCUUUCUAUAUUGACAUACUGGUUGCUUUCAUUGUGUCUGAUGUUGUACAUUUCCGUCCACUUAAUCAUGCUUACAGAUGUAGAUAAGCAAAUGCCAAAUGAACAGUAAAUUUGAAACUGCAUCUCAGCUGACACAUUAAUUCUAAAAAUGGAAAAAUAAUGCUUAGUGAGAAGCAUUAGCCUUUUGCAUAGAUACAGAAACCUUUUUAUACUACUUUGCCGAAAUAAGACUUUUUUGCCACCUCUAGUCCAACAAAUAAGCCAGUAAGUCAGCCUCCAGUUGAACCCAAGAGCAGAAUGUCAGUCUUUCUUCAGAAGUGUUGAAACAAAUACUAAAUAAUAUUUUUUAGCAGUGGCCAAUAUUGAAGAAUAAAGCUGAUAGAUCGAACUCUUAUCUAAGCUAAUUUUUGUAAAUAGUAACUUGGGUAGUAGGAUUAGAGACUGCUGUUAGAAUAUCUUUCUAGAGCAAAAGGCCUAAUAUUAGUUCAAUUGAACUCAAUUCCACAUAAUUUCCUAGAUUCAGAGAUGCAUGUGUGAGUGUGCGACCUCUUCAUGAAUGGACUAAACACUCAAGUAGGGACAUCUAGGAAGUGAAUAUGUGUAAAGAAUGUGCAUGCUAAUGUGCUUCUUCCACUGUGGCCUGUAAAAUAAUUUUGCUGGUUUAGGGGCUUCUGACAAAUGUUUGGUACCCUUUUUCAGCCAUGCUGUUAUGGGACUUUGCAGUAUACAUGGUUGAAUAUUUUCCUAUGCCCAAUUCCUCCUCCUCCCAUUUUGGAACUGUAUAAUCAUAACACCACUUUGUAUUGUCGAAGGCUUUCACGGCCGGAGAACGAUGGUUGUUGUGGGUUUUCCAGGCUGUAUUGCCGUGGUCUUGGCAUUGUAGUUCCUGACGUUUCGUCAGCAGCUGUGGCUGGC